CCAAGUGCUCCACAAGGUCCACUUGAAACUUCUGAUAUCUUGGCCACUUCCGUGACUAUUGCUUGGAAACCACCAAAAUCAGAUGGUGGAUUACCAUUGAAGUCCUACGUCAUUGAACGCAGGGACGUCAAGAGAAUGACCUGGAUUAAAGUAGACAAGAUCAGUCCAGACAUAACAACGUAUUGUGUUCAGAACCUGACAGAAGGACUAGAAUAUUAUUUCCGAGUAUUUGCUGAAAAUGAUGAAGGCAUAAGUGAACCAUUAGACAUGCCUAAACCAGUGAAACCCAUGAGAAAACCACCACCAGUUGGACCACUAGAAGUAACAGACCUGACCGAAGAUUCAGCUACUCUCUCAUGGAAACCCCCCUCAGAUGAUGGUGGAACACCAAUAACCCAUUACAUCCUGGAGAUGAGAGAUAUGAAACGAUCCACAUGGACCAAACUAGCAGAAGUUACCAAAACUCAAUACGAAACUAACAAAUUGGUCGUGGGUAAUGAGUACUCUUUCCGAGUCAUGGCUGUUAAUGCCGAAGGUACUGGCCCUGCACUCAAUUCUCCACCUUUACAAGCCACAGACUUUACCAAAGAAAGCAUCACCUUGUCUUGGGGUAAGAGCGAAGAUGAUGGUGGUUCACCUAUCACAGGCUAUGUGGUUGAGAAACGCGAAGGUUUCAAAGUCAACUGGUCUCAACUCGUUACAACUGAACCAGACACGACUACAUAUUGUGUCAAGAACGUUAAAGAGUCUCAAGAUUAUUAUUUCCGUGUCUACGCUGAAAAUGCUGUGGGUAAAUCUAAAUCCAUUGAAACAGAGAAAGCCAUGACUCCAAAGAAUGUACCAUCGGCACCAGAAGGACCUCUUGCCAUUCUGGAAGUCACGAAAGAUUCAGUUUCAAUUCGAUGGAAGGCGCCAAAAUCUGACGGAGGUUUAGAAUUAAAAUCGUAUCACAUAGAGCGAAGAGAUACAAAAUAUACUCACUGGAUUAAAGUUGAUAAAAUUAAACCUUCGAUAACCUCGUAUUGUAUCCAGAAUCUUCUGGAAGGCAGUGAAUAUUAUUUCCGAGUUUUUGCUGAAAAUCAGGAAGGUUUAUCGGAACCACUGGAUAGU